AGAAAAGCAACAAAGUGGCAGAUUGUAAGAUUUUCAACCAAAACUGCCACUGUUCUUAAAAGCAAGAAAGCUCUGUCUCUCGUUCAUGGAGAGAGAGACAGAGAUAUAGCCAUAUAGGGACCCAAUAAAGGAAGAAAAAGAGGUAAAUAAACAAGAAACAAAAUCAAGAAAAGUAGGGAAUGGUGGGAAUCUUUCUUCGACUUUCACUGUGUAUGAGAUCCCACAUUGCCAAUGCCACCUCUCUUCCCUCGGAAAAGAAUGAAAGUCAUGGAGUUCCAUUAAUAAUUGAGAGCGGAGAGACUAGAGCCAGGGGUGGCUAUAUGGAUUUACAACAUCAUCAUCAUCCAGUUGAAUUUGAUGUCGAAUUCUGGCCAGUGGAACACCCAAUGGAACCACAGGAUGAAGAUCGUCCCGUCAAAUGUCCAAUGCCAACCUCUUCUGUUAUCAAGAAUGGAAGGGCGCAUGAGGAGAGCUUGGAGAAGAGAGCAGACGACCUACCCCUACCAGCAGUAAUGAACAAACAAGGCAUUUUCGUGGUGGCCGCAGAACCCCAAGUCCGAGCAGUGCGUAAGAGGCAUCAUACUCUUACCCGUCCGGACCACCGUGUUAUAGCACCUAAUUUGGCAAGAAUGGCUUCUCUUCCUGCUAUACCAACUCAGAACGUCACCAUUUUUCAAAUGCUUCAAGAAUUCGACAAGUUCGAUCAGUAUUAACAAGGUAAAUAGAAUAAAUUACUUAGGAAUCCCAAGUCUCUGUCCAUCCAUCUUUAAUAUCUUCUUUUCAUUCCAUUGUGGAGUGGUAAAGGAAUUCUUCGUGUUUUUAUAUUUUGGGUUCAAAAGGGAAAGAAAUAUCAUAGAUAUGCAGCGGAUAUCGUACUCAUAUUGUACUAUGAUUUUGGUUUAUAUAUAUUUCUGUAUGAUAUCGUCCCGCCUAA